AUGUGGACCUUCAAUGCCCAGUGCGAAGAUCAAGACAAGGCUGUGUGUGCAGCUGUUUCGGAUGAGGGCCUGAACGGAACUAGCAAGGAGAAGUAUGGUGACAUACUAACCGGAAUAUAUGCCAUGGCCAACAUCGCCUCCGCUGCGAUACAGGAGAAACUGCGUACUAAAGCAGGCAAUGCGAUCCGAACUAGAAUGGGUGUCGAGAAGAUGGUCGCCAUGUGUGACCCACCCCCGGGGCCCGCAGGCCAAAAUGGAUGGAAGAGAUUCACUAACCCUCCGGGAGAUUUACUCCCUGCGGCGGGGCAGGCAUCGCAGCCACCCCCGCGGGCCCGCAGGCCAGAUGUCAUCUUUACCAGCCCGCUGCCCAAAAUAGAGCAGAAGCUGAUACUGGGCAUCAUCGUCCUCGUUGUCAGAUUGACCCGUGUGAGGAUCGAAGCUCAAGCCAAGAGCAAGGAGAGCCUCAGCGCCCCCCUCGCGGGCUCCGAGAGCCUUGAUCAGACCCAUGAUUCUGGUAGCCACGACAGCAGGCUGAGAUGCCUGCCCCGGCACAGGGACACCGGAGUGAAUACCGACACCAGCGAGGAACCAAUCACACUGAUAAGGCUCGAAGCCGAUACUGCCAAGGAAUCCGCUUGCCACAUCAACAAGCUAGGAUUCAUGGUCGAUCGCUUGGAGGACGCAAAACAUGCAGUCGUGCGCGCUGGCGGUGUUCAACCUGAAUCGCGACGGAAAUGCACGGACGAAGUGCCUGUGGAAAGAUAUAUAGUUGCUCAUUUCCUUCUCUCAUCCACCUACAUCGAAAUCCGCAACCUCUGCAGAAUACUCGUGAAUAUGUCCGAGCGUACCAUCAUUUCGAUGCUCGUGGGCGGCUUUGAUGACUACGAAAUGCGCUCGUUCGACGAAUCUCGUUCGAACUCGCGACAUGGCACUGUUGUCAGCGGACCUAAUGAUGUCACAGCCGCGCACUCGAGGCGGGAUGUCCGCAUCCCGGUCACCCUCGGGGCCGAUCCUCUGUCGACGCCGGCACUGGACCCGCUGCCAGCAUUGCAGAACCCGUUUGUGACCCCCCCUCCUUCCUGUCGCUCAGUGACAGAAUCCGUGGGAAACGACGUCAGCGAAAAUCCUUUCUCCACCCCACCGCCGAACAUUGCUCCGUCUACAACCGCCGCCUCCCUCCAUUCCAGUAACGACAUCCCUUCCAACAACGACAUCUCCGUCGACAUCAACAACGAAAUCUGCGACAACAACGAAAUCCUCCACUCUUCCGACAACGACAUCGCGCCUCCCACCAGCAACGACAUCGCCCGUCAACAUCAUCUCGUCGCCAUGCUCACUCACACACGCAUGCACGCCUCUCCCCGCCCCCGCUCCGACAGCGCGCUUCCGCCUGCCGCGCGCUUCCCGCCCGCCUGGGAACGCCAAGAACUUCCCGUUGCCGUCGCUGCGCCGACACACCGUCCGCCCCCGACAAACCGUCCGCCCCCGGAUGAUACCGAGGUCGACAAGGACAACACGGAGCUGUACACAAUGCACGAUAACGUCGUCGAGCGCGCGCUCCGCUGGAUCUUCGACCGUCCGCCAAUGGCGUGGAUCGUUUGGCUCUGCGUCGAGGGAUACUGGCUCCCGAUCUUUCUCCUCAUUGUUGGCAGCUUGACUGCGGCUGGAGCGGUCUACGCCUAUCGCCAGGACUACCCGCGCCAGAUCGAGGAGAAGAUUGCCCGGCUGUCCCCGGAGGCCGGCUUGAUGCGCUGGGAUCCGGACGUGCACGGACCAUGGGUGCCGUACCGUCCCGACGGGAACGGCGGUGACGAGGGUCAUGGGGACGGUGGAGCCGGCCACCUGUACGAGCGAGGAAUGAUGUUCUAA